AUGCCUCAAAUCCAGUUUUUCGGGUCUCAGGUCGGAGGAGGGACCGUUAUCAACUAUAGCUACACGGAUAUGCCGUGGAAACUGGUCUUCUGGGACUUUUGGAAUUUCCUCAAGUACGCUAGAAGUUUGAUCUGGGUGGUAAUGCCUCUCUGGCCUUGCUAUGGGGGAAGCUUCGAUGAGCUCUCACUCACAUUUCAACAUGUGUGGUGCCUCUCCGUACAUACCGUCCUGAUCAUACUUCAGGUAAUUUUCCUUCUAGGAUUAUUGCCAUUAUUGUUUAUCCUCCCAGGGUGGCUAUUCGUCUCUGGAUUGGUCACUUUUUUUGCUGUCAACGCACUGAUAUGCAGAACUUUGAAUGGGAGCACUAUACAAUACACGUCCGACCCAAAAUACUCUCCUCACUGGGAAAGGUUCGAACAUGAGCAAUGGAUUUUCUUAAAUGGUGUUUCUAUCGGAGAAUCCUGGCUCAAAGACAACUUGAAUCGUCUAGCACUUACUUUCGGGCGACCAGUUUUAGGUAUCCAUAACCGCACGAGCGGUAUCAUCUUUGAUUUGAUAGAAUGUAUAAUCCAGCGCAGCUUUGGAUACGCGACUACUGAUGUUCGUCUCGUUUACAAAAUUCUCAAGGAUAAGCUGUACAAUCCUCAGUAUACCACUGUGGUCUUCAUCAUACACUCACAAGGCGGUAUUGAGGGGGGUCUUGUUAUAGAUUGGCUUCUACAAGAGGUUCCGCAGGAUCUUCUAGCUAAGCUCGAGGUUUACACUUUCGGAAAUGCGGCGAAUCACUUCAAUAACCCACAUCGGCAUCAAAGCAGUCAAGAGGCGCAAGUGAAACAUCCUCAUAUUCUAAACGAUAUGUUCCAGCGGUUCCCUCACUUCACAGGAGACAUAGAGAAAACAGGAAUCAAAACGGGCUUUGAAAAUCCACUAUCCCAUCCCGCACUGUCAAACGACCAGGGCUCGUCGGAACUCGAAUCACACGGUGCCGCUUUAGAUCGAGCUAUAGGGCAUAUCGAGCACUACGCUCAUACUGGCGACUUCGUUGCUCUUUGGGGUGUGCUUCACUUCAUAACCAAUACUCGGGCUUCAGCCGAAAUUCCCCGCUUCGUCGGUCGACUUUUCGCUCACCACGCUACCGGUCAUUUACUCAGCCAACACUAUCUUAACGAUAUGUUUCCAUUAGCAAAAAAUGCAUUCGGGGAGUUCACUGGCUGCGCGGAGAGCAACGAGUUUAUGGACAGCAUCAUUAGCUUACCUGGCCAGGGAGAGGGAGACAACAUUAUCCAAGCCAUCCGCGAAGGCCUCGGCCAUAGUUUUGCGGCCCUGGACCAUAUCGCCCUACCUAAAUCUGAUGUUUCCGUACAGGGGAGAUUGAUUGAGAGAGAGAUAAGCAUCUUGAAUGGACCUGUGCGAGUCAGGGACCUCAGUCGCUUAUGGCAGUAUAGGAAUGGCCAAACCCCUCGUAUCAUCCGGAAAGUCUAA